CGCGAUUGGCGAGUGGGACUUUAUGCAUGUGCCCAAUAAAUGACUAAACUCUGAAAGGAAGGCAGAUAAGCUAGCAGAUGGCCUUCUGUUAAGGCAGACGUCUCCUCGGCUCCACGUAGACUCUUCUGUUCUCAUCAUCAUUGUACUGGCACAUUGAUCCCAGAAGCCACCACAGCCUCACUUCCGUAAUGACCACCACCGCUAAUACAUGCGCUGCUGCCUUGAGGGCUAGCCCUACACGCGCCAUGAGUACCACAGCAGUUCGGAAUAUCAAGAUCCAACCAUGGCGUCAAUUCUGGCCUCCUAAGGCAGAAAAUUUCUCGGAGGUCCAGCUCCAGAAAAUGCCGUGGCUUGCGUGGAAGUCCGACGAGAACAACCUGAAGGACGCACCAUGGAGGGAAUGGGUUCUCAUGAACCAAUCCGGAAUUGCUCGAAGGGGAUCUACAACCCAUUUCUUGGAAUUGGAAAAGCUCUGAGAUAAGGGCUUGUCAUCAGUCUGAGAAGUCUGCACGAUUUUGCACCUUGAUGGAAAAUUGUAUCUCGAAGGAAACGAAGGGUUUACGACAUCUGUCAAAGUCUGGAUAUGUAUCUACAUUGUUUUCCUCUCGUAGUAAAUUGAUUCGAGCUUUUGGAAAGCAAUUUCCUGCAAACUAGCCAAAG